CAUUCACAAUUAUUGAAACUUAUUUCAACCGCUAAGUAAAGGCGUUUUCGGUGUUUUCUUAAAUUAUAUUGAUAAUUUUUAAGAAAAGCAUAUUAAGAUAAAACAAUAUGACGAAAACGGACGCUUACUCCGAUGUGGUUGAAUUAUGCGCAUUACUGCAAUGUUUGGGUUUUGGUGUAAAAUCAUUGGAUACGAGAGAUGGAAACAUGAGUCAAGAAGUUGGUGCCAAAACUAUUACUAUAAAUUGCCAGGCCUCUGGACUCCUAGUUGUUAUGGAAAGCACAGACGCAUCUUGCUCCUGUCCAAUAAAUGCUAACGAAAGCAACAGUGGAUUUUGGCAGGUUUCUGGUGUAGCGGGUGGUAAACAAUCAAAUAAGGAAAGUGGUAGCGGUAUAUUGGGAAGUCUUCCGAGAGCACAACGCGAUCGGUUAACUAAAGAAUUACAGGAUAUUAUAAAAUUCAUAAAAGAACACAAUGAGACAGAAGCUGAUAAGCCUAAGGAAGGCAAUAAGUCCACUAGUAUGAUAGAACUGAAGACACCUGAGAAACGACAUUUCCAACUGAAAUCUGAAACACCAGCUCGUUAUCGUUCCUUGGACACGUUGACUGCAACAGAGGACGGACCUCAGUCGCUGCCGGCCCCAGGUCUCUUACAAAGACAACUUUUAAAUGAACACCAUGACGCAAACAUCGAGAAAAAGGUAAUGUGUCAAAGACAAUGCACCUAUACGCUAACAUCUCCUCCUGGUAGUGUAAGAAGCAGAAAUAAAACAUCAAGCCCCAUACAAGUUCAAACUUCUUCAAAUAUUCUGGAAAGUCUAAUAGCGGCUAAGAAAGGAGCUGAAGAAAUACAAAAUAAGCUAGCGAAUGCUAUCAGGGAGUUGUGUGAAGAGGGUAAAAACGAUUCAUCCUUGUCUUCGCUGGCACUUGAUGUUUCAAAAAUAUCUGUGCUUAAGGGACAUGAUGGAAAAGCACAAUUUUCUUCGAGUCCCAAUUUAUCGGCUUUAGCUAACGUCCACGACGAUAUAACAAAAAGAUUAAAGAGAACCGAAAGUGCGUCAACAUCAAACUUGGUCAGUAAAGCGACAGCGAAAGAUAAACAAUCCAGGCUGCGACGCAUUUCACCGAAUUUAUUUAAGUUUAAAAAAGACAAUCCUCCAUCUGUAAGAAUAGAGAAGAAACAAGACAAGUGUCAAGACGCUAAAACUAGUAAAUCCAAUAGUCUAUUUAAACCUAAAGGACUCACACCGUCUAGUACACCUAAACUAAACUCAGAGGCGUCCCCGAAUUUAAGCGCAUCGAGGAAAAAAUUUAGUCAUGUAAAAUCUACAAUCCCGCGACCAGCACCCAAGAAAGAAUAAUAACUUUGUUUUCCAUUGUUUCUAAUAAUGGCUGGUUACUAAAUAAAAUGUGUGAUUUCAACGUAA